UCAUUCAUUUCAUACCGCUAAGUAAAAAUUCCAUCCAUAUGGGUUUACAAAAACCUCAUAUAUGAAUGAAGAUGAAUUUGAUGUAUUCAUCAUUUGAAGAUUAACAUCUUCCAUUAGUUUCCUAACAGAAUGUAAGGUGGUUUUAAUAAUCGGAGAAUAUGGUUAUGAUUCUACAUGACUCCAUGGAAGAAAACAAUCUUCUUAUAUUACAAGAGGAAAUUUUUUAUAUUCAUAUCCAGCAGUUUGUUACUCUUUUGAGUGUUGAUUAUAGCAAUUUGGUUUACUCUUAUUAUAUCCUCUUCUUCAAUUUAAUAAUCCCAGCAACACUAGAAUGAAAUGGCUAUUAUUUUCUCAUUAAAAUCUGAAUGACUUCGCCAAUUUCAAACUAGAUGUAAAAACAAACAACCAUUUUUUUACGAACCCCCAGCAUUUGCUAUUCAACACCGAUCAUUUAAAAUCCCUAACGAAGACACAUCAUGAAUCUGCCACCGCAUCCACCACCACCACCACUGCCACCGUCACAUCUAUCACCACCACCUCCACCGCUAUCGCCAUCACCACAUCCAUCGCUACUACCACCACCACCACCACCACCCCGUCCAACCCUAAACCACCUCAACACAACCCUCUCAUCCCUCAACAACCUCCUCACUUUCUCAAACCAAAUCCUCUCAAUCACCCCCAAACCCCAAACCCUAACCUCAAAUCUCAUCCCCUGCCUUUUCAAUCACAACCACCUCCUCCCACCGUCUUCCCUCUUCCUCCACCACCUCCGCUGCCCUUCCUCACCUCGCGCUCUUCCCGACCUCCACCACCUCCUCACCUCUCUCUCUUACCCUAAAACCCUCCACAAUCCUCAAUCUAUUCACCUCUCUUCCUACUUCGAUUUCACUUCCAACUUUUACUACAACAAUUGCCCCGGCGUUGUUUCUUUCUCCGAAGCAAACUCCGUCGCUAAGACCGCAACUUUUAAUCUCCCGGACUUUUUAUCCCGAGAAUGUUCAGACAACAACACCACCAACACUAAUCAUAACCCUCCCUCCAUUGUUCCCUCGGAAUAUAUCUUCAUUUCCCGCGAAAUUGAAUCAUGGAACAAUUUUCCUACAACCUACUCCACCUCUGUUCAUCACGCAAUCUUAGGUAUUGGAAUUGCCAAAGGGAAUGACUUGGAUAAUUGGAUAAUAUCCAAUUCACCUCGAUAUGGCAUUGUACUUGAUACCUCAAUGCAGCUUCAUAUAUUUUUGCUGUUUUCUUUGUGUUUCAAGUCAAUUCUUAGAGAAGCUUCUGUUUUGAAGAAUGCCUUAAUGUGGUUAGAAUCUCAGGUUUCGAUUCUGUAUGGUGUUAAUGGAAAAUUAUUUGUUCUUGAUUUUUUGAAAAAAUGUAUUCUGGCGGGUGCUUCCGUUCUGCUUUUGUUUCCUUUAGGGAAUGAAGUUGCUGACUCUGUUGCUUCGAAGAAAGAAAGGAAUAAUACAGAUUGUAUUCAGGAGAGGAAGGUUUCAAUGCCACAAGUUGUUGCAGCCGUUGCGGCGCUGCACGAACGAGCAUUGCUUGAACGGAAAAUUAAGGGGUUCUGGUUUUCUCAUCCCUCAAAUAGCUAUCAGCUGAAAGCGGAGCAUUGUUAUUUAUAUGACAAAGCUAACGAAGAAAGGAAAAAUCGCACUGAUUAUAGACCUAUAAUUGAGUAUGAUUGGGUUCACCGGCAGCAUUCAUAUCAACAGGGAACACAAAAAGAAAAGACAAUCGAGGAAUUACUUGCUGAAGAAAGGGAUUACAAACGUAGAAGAAUGUCUUAUCGUGGGAAGAAGAGAAAUCAAUCACAUUUACAGGUGAUGAGGGAUAUGAUAGGGGAGUACAUGGAGGAAAUCAAGCUGGCUGCAGGUGUUAAGGGCCCUGUCAGUGUUUCUGAAGACAGUCUGAUGCCUCCACCUAAACUGCCUUCUAGUCAUGCCAUUCCUAUGGAAGCCAAUAAUAAUUCAAGAAAAGUUAGUGAUGACUCACCUGCAGUGACAAUCAGAAACCCAGAUUAUCAUGAGCAACAAUCUCACACAAAUUAUUCUGACAAAAGCAAAGCUGUAUAUGAUACUAAUUCUAGAGAUUAUGAACAACGUAAACAAGGACAUCACAGGAGUCAUCAUCAUGGAGAUCAACAAACUGCUGAUCAAGGAAACAGUUGGAGUCGUGCUUCAACAAGCCCUGAAAGACACAGAAGUCGAAAUGGAUCGCACGAGCAUAGAGUUCAUCAUAAGUAACAAGAAAUAUGAAGAAUUGACCAGAACUAUGAAGGCGUUAUGCAGCGGGUAAGUUAGGCUAGCCAUUUCAUAUUUUGAAGUUGAAUAUAAAUUUGAAUGUGAAGCUCUACAACACAGUUUAUUGGCACAAAUUUGCAGUUUUAGCAAUAUCAAGAUUCGGGGCUUUUAUCAAUGUAUCCUCCUUUGUAUCCUUAACUGUGAUAGAAUGUCUAGAAGCAUUCAUUGGAGUGAUUUUGCUGUCUAUAUUAUCACUACUGCAUUCUUUAUUUUACUAUCUAGAAGCAUUCAUUGAAGUGAUUUUACUGUCUAUAUCAUCACUAUUGCAUUCUUUAUUUUCCCUCUCAAGAUAAAAGCAACAAAAUGCAAUAAUGGCAACCACAAUAAAAUCUAUUUCCAUUAAAAAGUUUUUAUUCUCUCAUUGCUUUACUUAGAAUUUUAUUGCUGUUUUUUUAGUUUAAUUACAUGAUAAAUGUGUAUCUAGGAGAAAUGAAGGAAGAUGUUAAUGUUCUACUUUAUUGAAUACUUUAACUACCGGAAAAGCAAUUAUAUAGGUUCCUAUGUCUUGUAGGAGUUAGGAUCCUCUCCAUUUUCUUUCUCCAUUACUAUAGUUUUUAAAUUCUUUGGAGUGUAUAAAAAACAUCUUGACUCAUUUAAUGUCACACUAUUGUAUUUAUUAUUCCAAAACUAUUUAAUGGAGAGAAUAGGUAUUAAGGUGAAGCAACUUUAGAGUAUUUUUGGUAAAUGGUCUGUCUAUCUUUUGUGCCUCAAUAUACAGUGAUGUGACUACUGUAAACCUCUAUUGUUUUUAUUGUCAUCAACUUCUCUGUUGUGUUCUCUUCUCUCCCAAUUACUUGCUGCUAACUUUGGCUUUGAAUGUUCAAAGGCUUGCCAAUCAUUGUCAUUAUUCAACUAUUUAUAUACUAUUGCAACAUAAUUUAUUAAAUAUUUCAGCAUUAUCUGAUAUCAAAAUGCCAUUUGACGGCUAACUUAUUUUGAUUUGAUAUCAUUCAGGUAGGAAAAUCAGAACAUUUCACUAAAAAUCAGAACAUUUCACUGUUUUUUUCUUCUUUCUGUUUCUGUUUGAGUUACAUUGCUCAUCAACUGACUUAUCUUUGUUUCUACAUUGUUUAGUAGUAGAGAGACUCAGCUGCGAUGGAGUGAUUACAAGGUCAGAUUAGUAAUCCCUGUAAUUUUGUUUUUGCACCUAGAAAUUAUGGGAUAACAAUACAAAUUAGGUGUGGGAGGGAAGAUAACCAUGUAUAUGUCUACACUUAAGUGACAGUGUUACUGUUUGCAUCUGUUAAAAACAGCUAAUGUAUUUGUUCUCUGGAUGUGUAUUCAGGACUAAUAUAUAGGGGUUUCCUAUGCAA